AUGAGUGGAAGCGUCGCAUCUAAGCGUUUGUUCUCAGAAUACAAGGCUUUACUCACAAAUCCCCCCGAUGGAAUCACCGCAGGUCCGGUCAGCGAGGAUGACCUGUUUGUCUGGGAGGCUCUGAUCCAGGGCCCCGAAGAGACCCCAUUUGAAGGUGGCAUCUUCCCUGCCGAGCUCAAGUUUCCCAAAGAUUAUCCACUCAAUCCCCCUAAGAUGAAGUUUCUCGGAGAAAUCUGGCAUCCUAACGUCUACGCCAAUGGAGAAGUGUGCAUCUCCAUCCUCCACCCACCCGGCGAUGAUCCUAACCACUACGAGAGCGCCUCGGAGAGAUGGUCUCCCAUUCAAAGCGUGGAGAAGAUAUUGAUAUCCGUCAUGUCCAUGCUUGCCGAACCCAACGAUGAAAGUCCUGCCAAUGUUGAAGCAGCCAAGAUGUGGCGGGAUCGACGGCCUGACUUCGAGAAGAAGGUCAGAGACGGUGUAAGACGGUCAUUGGGACUGUGA